AAAAAGAGGGGGGGGGAACACCCCAGGAGGAAUCCAGCCUUUUGAUUCCUGCGUUUAAUUCGGACCUUGCAUCGCUAAGGAGGUGGGAGAGAGAGAGAGAGAGAUUUCAGAUUCGACUGACAGAAGCAAAGCAGAACGAAGCGGAAGAGAAAGAAGAAUAGUGCAGAGAUCAGGCGUCUCCUUUGGAAGGAGGGGGAAAAAAAUCACCCCUUAAGAGAAAGGGGAGGAGAGGGAGGCGGAAAAAGCCAAAAAUAUACGACCUCAGAUGGGUCUGGCCAGCAGAUUCUGGCGUUCUUCCUUCUCUUUGGACACCGGAAAAUCCCACCCGACGCAAGGAAGUUGAACCGGAGGGUUUGCUUUGCCCUAGGAAAGGGGAGCGCGCGCGCGACAGAGAGAGAGAGAGAGAGAGAGGCGAGGAGGGAAAAGAAGAAGCCGUCCAGAUUUACCAUUCUGUGCUCGGGAGGAUCCAAGCUUCCAGACCUCAUGACCAUUGGAUUUUCUUGGGGCCACCUGGAUGUGGAUUUAAUUCGAGCUUCCAGAAGCAAAGGAGGAGGAGGGAGGGAGGCGAAAGCCACACUGUUGAGCCUCUUGGACUUGGAAGGCGCCUUGAUUUUUUAGAAGCCAUCGCUUGUUUUGUUUUGAUGGUGGCGAUGAUGAUGAUGAUGAUGAUGAUGAUGAUGAUUUAACCGAAUCCUGGACCGUUGGCCAACUCUCUUGUCUUAAGAGAUCUACGGUUUGCCAUGGGAUUGAAAAUUUCCUAGCCUGGCGGUGGGGACCGUUCCUCCCAAAAAAAAAAAAUUUUUUUUCCUCUCUUGUUCAUUUGCACCUUUAAAGGAUACAUUUAUGAGAUGGAAAAUCGAGGGCUGUUCGGCGCCCUGUCUUACUUGAUGCUUAAUGCUCCCUUGUUGCUCCUAGUGCAGGCUACGUUUACCGAAGUUCCUAAAGAUGUGACGGUUAGGGAGGGAGAUGAUAUUGAGAUGCCUUGUGCUUUCCGGGCCAGUGGAUCUGCCUCUUACUCCUUGGAAAUCCAAUGGUGGUACCUUAAGGAACCAGCACGAGAGCUCGCACACGAGUUAGCCAUCAGUGGUCCUGGCAGCAGAAGCAAGGCAACCAAUAAAGAUGCAACUAAGAUCAGCACGGUGCGCGUCCAGGGCAACGACAUUUCGCACCGGCUGCGGCUCUCGGGAGUCCGGCGGCAGGAUGAAGGCAUCUACGAGUGCCGGGUGUCGGACUACGGCGACGAAGACACACAGGAGCAUAAAGCGCAGGCGGCGUUGCGGGUCCUGGCGCGUUUCUCGCCUCCCGACGUGCAGGCGGCCGAAGCAGUCUCGCACAUCCAGAGCAGCGGUCCGCGGAGGAGCAGCCCGCCCGGGCGAGCCACGGCCGAGCCGGGUUUGGGAGACAAGCGCCUCCUACCGGCGCAGGGCGAAACUGCCGCUGCGGCCGCCGCUUCCUCUUCCCUCUCCUCCUCCUCUUCUUCUUCUUCUUCUUCCUCGGCGUCUUCAGCGCCCGCCGCCGCCUCUUCCUCUUCUUCCAGCCCCGCGACCGUAGCGGCGGCAGCGGCGGCGGCGGCAGCCUCGUCAGCCUCGCCUCGGCCAGCCUCAGCGAUCGUCCUCCCGCUGCAGCGAGGAUCAGGUACAGAACCUAUUUAUGCUACUCACUCAUUCUUCUGUACGUUCCUCUUCAUGCUGCAUAAGCUUGUGCACUUGUUAUUAAACCACUGAUGGACUUCUUUAUCCAAUAAUCCUCAGCCAAAUGGAUGAGACCACGAUUUCGAACAAAAUGAAGAAAGGCAACAAUCCUCAACAAGAACUACAGUCUAAAAAGAUGGACAGAGAAAGACUGGAAAAGGAAGCAUGACACAUCCUACAGGGGAAGGGUAAAGCAUAUUUUUGGGGACAUUACAUGAAAGGCUUGUCACCUGACAUGAUAAAUUUUAGUUUUAAGAUCCUGUGGCAUCAGUGCCCUCCUUCACACAAGGUAGCUAUAAUUUUUCUCUUUUUCUUUUGCAAUUGUUUUCUUUUUUUAAAAAAAUCUUUCCUCUGGUAAUUAAUUUUGCACGAACUGUUGAACAGAAAGGGGCAAAGCUCUUCUGAUGAAAGAUUCUUUUCUAAUAGAUACUUGUGGUUAGGGUUAUUAUUAUUAUUAUUAUUAUUAUUAUUAUUAUUAUUAUUAUUAUUAUUAUUAUUAUUAUUAUUAUCGCCUCCCUCGCCACUCUCCUCUUUUUAAAUUAUUUCUUUUUGAAAACAUUGAUUUUAAAAAAUGGCACAUCUUAACCGUGAUGGAUAUUCA